AUGCACGACUUCGCCUCCAGUCCAGAAGGCUGUGUUGACGAUCCUCCGUAUGAUCCGAACAUGUGUGGUUUCAGCGACUCUGUCGACUGUAUUCCGCUCAACGGGUGUGGAAAUCCCAUUGCGUACUUGUUUUUCUGCUCCUUCACGUCACUAGGAACGUACGUUAUGCUCAAUGUGACAGUGGCGGUGAUUCUCGAGAGUUUCUCUGUCUCGAACGAGGACGAGGAACCGCUUUUUGAUCCCGAAUUGCUGCGUGAAUUCCAGAACAAAUGGGCCAAAGUGGAUCCGAAGGCCAAAGGAUUCGUCCCGCUUGUCAGGUUGUAUGCUGUCGUCGCAACUCUCGAGCCGCCACUCGUGAAACCCGAAGUUAUGAGCGACAAGAACGCGUUUUUACAGUUUAUGAGUAAGCUACACUUACCCAUGUACGAGGGAGAUACCGUGUAUUUCACUGAAGUUCUGCUCGCUAUGACCCGCGAGAUGGUGAAAGAGGAUGUCGAUGAUGACCUCGAAGGAAUUGGAAACAUUAAGCUGCCCUCAUACGACACUCCCAGUCACCACCGGCUCGACUACCAGGCGCACGAGUAUCUUGCCGUCCGACGUAUCCAGCGCUCCGUUGCUCAUUGGCUGCAAGUCAAACGCCUACUCGAGAAACGGAGCAUGGAGGACUACAAGAUCAAGAUUAAGAAGCCGGCCACACGUCCUAAAAGGCAUCGUGGCUCUCUCGUUGUAAUGACUGGAUAA